CAUUUCCUCCCCUUCUUCCCCCGCCUCCGUUGGGAUGUGCUCCCAGCUUCCCCGAUGAUCCAGGAUCCUUCCCAAAAGGGAUUGGAAGCAGGAGCUGAGGGGGAUCUCCCUGAGGAGCAGCUCCACAACUCCAUCACCUGCCCCAGGCUGGGGCAGCUCCCUGGGAAUCCUCUCCCCAUUCCCCUUCAGGGGUUGGUGGCUGGAGCUUUUUGUCUCUUUCCAGCUGGUUUUGCCUCUGGAAAAGGGACAUAUUCCCACAAAUGGACAGUGCUCAAGUGGGAAUUAGGGGCAUAGUUGUGAAAUACACGAUGAUUAGUUAAAACUCAUUUUAUUGGGGUAAAAAAGUGACAUUUUGGUGCCAUUAGUUGUUUAGGCAUUUGGUGGGUCGUCCUUAAAUUCCUGGGAAGGGGAAAGAAAUUCCUCAGAUUCCAGCAGGAACUAAAGGGUUAAACUCAGCAGGUCGCUCAGAGCCUCUUCAAAUCCAGAGAAACGUGGUUUGUUCUGGGGUCAGACAUUUGGGAGAAAAAAAAACCCCAAAAACACCAGUUCUUUUGCAAACUUGGGAGCAGCUUCAAACAUUCCCGGGAAACACGGUGUAACCUGAACAGUGCUGGAAUGGGGACGCCCUGGGAAGGCUGGAAACAGGCCUUCAAAAUAUGGGGGCUGGGAGCCCAGUUUGAGGGAGGAAUUCUUAAGACAGCGAGCAUUGUGAGGAAGUUUUAUUGGGUUUGGGUUUUCAGUGUGUGAAUGUGAUUAUCCAUCGUGCCUGGGUUGGUGAAGCACUUGGAAUUUUAUCUGGGAAUGCUGUUAAGGCAGUGGUUUUUUGGGAUCACAGUUAAUUUUGCUUAACUUUGCUUCAUUUUACCUUUCUUUUAUUGCCUGCUGAGGAGAGGAACUGUUCCUUAAUUCCACGUGCCUUAACCAGAACAUUCCCUUGAUCCACCUCUGUUGCUCCGUCCCUGUUCCAGGUUCUAAUAGUCCAGAGGGUCUCAGGUAAAAUUACAGGUGGGAUUUAAGCUAAAAUUCACUGCAUGGUCUGGUGGAGAUCAGUCCAAGUCUGGACUCACUCCCGGAGCUCUUUCCCAACCUCACUGGAACACCCAAAACCCCGGAAGUGGCUUUCGUCCAUUGGAAACCCCCGGGAGUUCCGUUGGCUAACGCAGGGUAUCCUCAACAGCUUCUUGCAGGGGGAAGAAAGAUGGAAAGCGCUCCGGUCCUGCUGGAAUCCAAGUCCUCUCCCAUCAACCUGCUGAACGAGAUGCACCAGCUGCGCCUGCUGGGCCACCUGUGCGACGUGACGGUGAGCGUGGAGUACCAGGGCGUCCGCGCGGAGUUCGUGGCCCACAAGGCCGUGCUGGCGGCCACCAGCAAGUUCUUCAAGGAGGUCUUCCUCAACGAGAAGGCCGUGGACGGCCCCCGGAGCAACGUGUUCCUCAACGAGGUGCAGGUGGCGGAUUUCGCCUCCUUCCUGGAGUUCGUCUACACGGCCAAGGUGGAGGUGGAGGAGGACAGGGUGCAGCGCAUGCUGGAGAUAGCCGAGAAGCUCAAGUGCCUGGACCUCUCGGAGACCUGCUUCCAGCUGAAGAAGCAGAUGCUGGAGUCGGUGCUGCUGGAGCUGCAGAACUUCUCGGAGUCGCAGAACUCCGAGGAGGAAGGCGCUGCCCACCCCAGCAUCCCGCCCGAGUCCAAAGCCGUGGCAGAAGCCGAGCAGGAAACUCCGGGUUCCCCCGUAGCCAGGCCCAGCCACGGAGCGUCCCCGGAGGCGCCGGCUGCCAAAUCCAAGGAGAAGACGGACAAAAAGAAGGAAAUGCUGAAGGCUCCUUACGCCAAAAUCCGGAGGGCGAGCGGGAGGCUGGCCGGGAGGAAGGUGUUCGUGGAAAUCCCCAAGAAGAAGUACACCAGGAGGCUGAGGGAGCAGCAGAAGAACGCGGAGGUGGCCGCCGAAGACGACAAAUACCCCGAAGAAGAGGAGCUGUGCGACCCGGAGGGGGAGGAGGAGCGCGGGGAGGACGCCGCCGUCAAGCCGGAGGGCGCGGGGCGCGACGGCAGCCCCGAGGAGAACCGCCCGAAGGCCGGCGAGGACAAAAAGAAGCGGGGCAGCAACUUCAAGUGCGGCACGUGCGAGAAGGAGUUCCUGUACGAGAAGAGCUUCCUGAAGCACAUCCAGCACAGCCACGGCAUCGCGGCCGAGCUGGUGUUCCGGUGCGAGACGUGCGGCCAGACCUUCGCCAACCGCUGCAACCUGCGGAGCCACCAGCGGCACGUCCACAGCAGCGAGCGCCGCUUCCCCUGUGAGCUCUGCGGUAAGAAGUUCAAGAGGAAGAAGGACGUCAAGAGGCACAUUCUCCAGGUUCAUGAGGGUGGUGGGGAGCGCCAUCAGUGCCAGCAGUGUGGAAAGGGGUUGAGCUCCAGAACCGCCCUGAGGCUCCAUGAAAGGACGCACACGGGCCACAAGCCUUAUGGGUGCCCGGAGUGUGAGGCUAAGUUUUCUCAGCCUUCGGCACUAAAAACCCACAUGAGAAUCCACACGGGGGAAAAGCCCUUUGUCUGUGAUGAGUGUGGGGCCCGGUUCACUCAGAACCACAUGCUCAUCUAUCACAGACGCUGCCACACAGGGGAAAGGCCUUUCAUGUGUGAAACGUGUGGGAAGAGCUUUGCCUCCAAGGAAUACUUGAAGCACCACAACCGGAUCCACACGGGAUCCAAACCCUUCAAGUGCGAGGUUUGCUUCCGGACCUUCGCCCAGAGGAACUCCCUGUACCAGCACAUCAAAGUCCACACAGGGGAGCGGCCGUACUGCUGCGACCAGUGCGGGAAGCAGUUCACGCAGCUGAACGCGCUGCAGCGGCACCACCGCAUCCACACCGGGGAGAAGCCCUUCAUGUGCAACGCCUGCGGCAGGACCUUCACCGACAAGUCCACGCUGCGCCGGCACACCUCGAUCCACGAUAAAAACACCCCCUGGAAGUCCUUCCUUGUCAUCGUGGAAGGAGCAUCGUCGAAGAACGACGACGGCCACAAGACGGAGCUUCCCGACGAGGAGUACGCUGUGUCCCCCAAGAUCCCGGAGAAGCUGCUGUCCUUCCCUGGGAACAGCCCCUACCAGAGCCUGGCAGCUGCCCCGGGCAGCGGGAGCGCCGGCACGGACUGUAAGUCUUCCGGAGGGCCGGGAUCGCAGGAAGCCCUGAUGGGAACCACCCUGAGCGAGCUCGCGGUGCUCCACGCGCAGCCGGACUCUGUCCAGCCACAGCUCCACGCUCUGGUGAACAUGGAAUAACUCGGGAUUCGCUGCCACUCCCUGAGCUGCACCCCUCGUAUAAGCCCUUUGCCUGAGGGAAGCUGGUGGUGGGAAGCAGGUGGGAGUGGAUUUUCCUGAUUCCUCUGAAAAUUCGUUCCACAGCUCCAUCUCCUGGAGGUUCGGCAGGGCGACACUUCAGUCGCUCCUCCGGGAGUCCCUGGGAGUCGAUUCCCUGGGAGUAGAAGGGGUGGCUCGGGGACCGUGUUCAGGUGGGUUUAUAAAGGUGGUGCAGGUUUGUUUUCCAGGUGCUUUGAUGCCACGUGGACAAUCAGGAGAACCGAGGUCGUGUUUCUCCGUGACAGCCACUGCAUUUUCCCCAGCAGAAAUUCAUCCAGGAGAUAAGCCAGGCCAAACUGCUUUCCAGGAAACCUUGGUUUCUCUCUGCUGUUGCCAAAGAUCCCAGCAGUGAGCCAGCUCACUCCUUGGGAAUACGAGUGGGAGCUUUGGAGUCUCUUUCCAGGAGUUUUGAGUCUCUUAAGUAGCAAAAGGAGCAGGUGGGAGCCAAGUGCUGGUUUGUUUUUUCCACGUUUCCAUGAAAACUGGAGCAGUCUGGCACUUCAGUCUUCACCUUCCAGCUGCUCCAGCUCACAUGGAAGUGGGCACUUAGAGACCAAAACAUCUCUUGGAAAAAUGUCUGGGAAAAGCAGCCAUUCUGGAAAAGGUUCAGUUCAGAGGCUUUUCCUGACCAGCACCUGCUGCUCCGUUUGAUUGGAAUAGGAUUCGGGGUAUUUUCCCUGGCUGGGGAAGGAGCCUUUGAGAGUUGUCAUCUGACUGGGAUGGCUCUUUUUUGGGAACAGCAGCUCGCUGCUGUGGUUUAAUGCUUCAAAAACUCGGGAUCAGCUUCCCAGUUGCCACCGUGUAAAAACCUGCAUCUUUUCCAGACGAUUUUCCUGUUUCUUUUCGCCUGUCACCGUAGUAUUCCCACAGAAACUUUCUCAGCUGGAGCUGUGAGCAAAACUUUGGGAAAGGUAAGCACAAUCCAGCCUGGUGUUGAGGGCCUGUUGUCCAGCAAUAAACACACCCCCCCACACCUGUGGCACAGAGCUAUUUUUGAUCCUAAAGGGAGGUGUUGCCAUGGAAUUCUAAUGUAGAAAAAAAAAAAAGGGAAUUUUUUUUUAAAAGAGAGCAUUUCCAAGAGGUUAUAUUUGAAAUAUUUAUUCCUGGUGAAGCUCAGUUGUCCCCGGAGACCGAUGGGGAAGAGGCUGUAGAUAUAUUUAAAUCCUGAGCGUCUGGAACUGGAGCCAGGGAAAGUUUUGUACUCCGGGAAUGUAUGGAAGUGAGUUACUGUUUAACUGUUCUUAUUAAAAUAUGGGAAUAUUGA